AAUCAUACUCACCCCCUUUCAUCUGCUUCCAGAAAUUCAGUGAUGGCUGAACUAUCAACGUGUUCCAACUUCCUUAAGACACUACUAAUACUUCUAGCACUGGUCCCAACAAUUCUCUGCCAAACAGCCGAGUGUCCACCAAGCGAACAGAUUCCAGGAUGUCCUUGUUACAACUUCGAGGAUGGCCUUUUCCUAGAGUGCGCUGGCGCGAACGAAGAGACCCUUCGAAAAACAAUGCAGACCGUAUUGGACGCAGGACCAACUGUGGUCCAAUCACUGAGCAUCUACGAGCUGGACAAGAGCAUAACAGAGCUGCGUUUGAGAUCCUUCCCACGUUCGCAGAUCCGGCAUCUCCAGAUCUCCCACUCAUACGUCAACGAUAUAGCAGAAGAAGCGUUCCUGCCGAUCAAGGACAGCUUGGAAUCCCUGGCCCUGGUAUCCAGCCGCCUGGACCAGGUCCCCCAGAAGUCUCUAGCAGAGCUCCACAAAUUAAUGGUCCUGGACCUUGAAAGCAACCUGAUCCAGGACCUGCCCUCCUACUGCUUCUGGGGCUUGAAGCUGCUGAAGCUUUCUCUGAAAGGCAACGCCAUCUCCAAGAUAUCAGAGCACAGCUUCGCGGGUCUAGAAGCCACCAUGAGCGACCUGGACCUAUCAGAAAACAAGCUGAAGCUCUUCCCAAUAGCAGCGCUAAGACGCCUGGAGAACUUGGCAUCAUUGCGGCUGGCCUGGAACGAGAUUUCCCAGCUGCCUAAUGAUGGAUACUCCAGAAUCUUCAGCUUGCUGAUCAUGGACCUGAGCUCCAACAACUUCGACGAGCUAGGUCCUGAUUGCUUCGCUGCCUUUCCAUUCCUCCACACCCUGUCCUUGUACUACAACUCCAUCGAAACCGUCCACAAGGAUGCCUUUGUCUCGUUAAAAGAAUUGGAGUCUCUAGACCUGAGCCACAAUAAGAUAGUCUUCCUGGAUACCGGAAGCUUCCAAUUAAAUCCUCGACUCCGCAACAUAGAACUCAGCCACAAUCACAUCCACUACAUCAGUGGUGUCUUCUCCAAGCUUGCUGAGCUCCAUGAGCUCUAUUUAGCAGAGAACAACAUCCUGGAGCUGCCAGCUGACUCUUUUCUCGGUAGCAGCAACCUGGCAGUGAUCUACCUCCAGCAGAAUGCCAUUCGUAGAAUUGAUUCCAGGGGUCUGGCUGGGUUGGGACAACUCUCCCAGCUUCAUUUGUCCAACAACUUCAUCGAAAGCAUCCCGACUGACUUCUUCAGCUUCUGCAGCAACCUAACAGCAGUUUCCCUUGAUGGAAACCGAAUCUCCGAUCUCAAACCCGGAACCUUUGGACCUGUCAGCCAGCUCAGAGAGCUCAGGCUCCAGGAAAACAGAAUCAGCCAGAUCAAAAAAGGGGUCUUUACACCUUUAAAUGACCUCCUGGAGCUGCAUCUCCAGAGCAAUUCCAUUUCUGGGAUAGAACCUGGUGCUCUGAAGACCCUGAACUCCCUCCAGCACAUCAACCUUCAAGGGAACCAGCUUACGUCCUUAGGAGACGUGUUCCAACUGUCUUCAGGAGCAGAGACCGGGUCCUUGGUGUCCAUCCAGCUGGACAGCAACGGACUUGCUGUCCUGCAUAAUGAUUCCUUGAGAGGCCAAGCCUCGGUGAGGAUCAUGUGGCUGGGCCACAACAAACUCACCCAUCUUCAAGCUGCUCUGUUCAGAGACCUGCUUUUGGUAGAGCGGCUCUACCUGACCAACAAUUCAAUUGCUUCCAUCGAAGACUCGGCGUUCAAGCCUAUGCAAGCUUUGAAGUUCAUUGAGCUUAGCAUGAACCAAUUGCAGCGCAUCACUGCCCAGACCUUCGCUGAGCUCCAUGAAUUGGAAGAAUUGUACUUACAGGACAACGGGGUCAGGUCAAUAGAUCCCUACGCCUUGACCACCUUGAAGAAGCUCAGGAUCUUGGAUUUGGCCAACAACCAACUGAUCAGGCUGCAUGCCACCAUGUUCCUCCAAGGACUGCCUAUCAGAAUCAUCAACCUCAGGAACUGCUCCAUUGUCGAGAUUGAAAACGGAAGCUUUGCUGAUCUUCAUCAGAUCACGGAGCUUAAUUUAGAUCACAAUUUUCUAACUGCUGAAGCAUUGUCCCAAUUAGAGAUUCCAAGUUUGAAGAGCUUGACUGCUUCAGGAAACAAUUUUACCUACUUGAACGAAAGGAACUUCAAAGGUCUGCCGAAUCUUCAGGAAUUGGUGAUCAGUAAAGUCCAACUGGUUCAUGCUGAUGAAGUUACCUUUAAAUGGAACCAGAACUUGACAAGAUUGCAGCUGGACCACAAUUCUCUUCGAAGUUUGCCUACGGGGAUAUUCGAGCCAUUUGGCCAGCUCAGGGAGCUCAGGAUAGACUACAACAGGAUCAUGGAGGUCCCGUAUUUGUCGAUCAAGAACUUGAUCAACUUGGAGAUCUUGUCGUUGGCAAACAAUUGGAUCGUCACGGUGGAUAUGGGGAGUCUGACCAGUAUUUUGUACUUGAGAGAGUUGGAUCUCAGUGGGAAUAAAAUUGAAUCGUUGUUUGGAUUCGCUAUGUCCAACUUGACCCGGCUGCUUGCUGUUGAUCUGAGCAACAACCACUUGACUGCUCUGCCAGCUAACUUUUUCGUAAACUCACCUUUGCUCAGACGCGUUGAUCUGUCGGAGAAUCGGUUUCUCCAGGUUCCAGCAGUCGCACUGUCAGGCCAGAAUCUUCCAGGAUUGACCUGGCUGAACUUGACCAGGAAUCCGUUGAUUAGGAUCCAUGAGAUGCCAGCUGAUGCGAUCUAUCCUCAGUUGCAAGAGGUUCAUAUCACGGGUACCAACCUGUCGAUUGUCACUAGUCAGGAUUUUGAAGGUUUUCCAGCAUUGCUGCACCUGUUCUUGGACAAGAAUUGCAUCAUCAGAAUUUCACCAGGUGCCUUCAGGCCGCUUCCAAAUCUUCUGACUCUUCAUUUAGGCGCUAAUAGCUUGGAAUUACUGCCUAAAGAACGGCUUCAAGGUAUGGAGUAUCUUAGGAUUCUUAAUCUGACCCGAAAUCGGUUGAAAGAACUUGAAGAAUUCCCUGUGGACUUGAAAAUGCUACAGAUUUUAGACCUUUCUUAUAAUCACAUUGGGGUAGUAGGCAAAGAGACUUUUAAAAACUUGGUUAAUUUAAUAGAACUUCAUUUGUAUGGCAAUUGGAUCAAUGCCAUUUCAAGCGAGGCUUUCAGGCCGUUAAAGAAGCUUAGGUUACUAGAUUUGAGCAGGAAUUACUUGGAGAAUCUUCCGCUCAAUGCAUUCAGGCCUCUGGAGACACAAAUUAGGAGUCUGCGAGCUGAAGAAAAUCCAUUGCAUUGUGGCUGUGAGUCGCAAGAACUUUGGGAAUGGCUAAGAGACCACCAGAAACUGGUCGGAAUCGAUCACCGGAAUGGUAACAACCAGCUGGGCAGUAUCCCUAGCAUGGAUUCAUCGCCUGGGUCACUUCGAUGCGACCAACCACCAGAGCUACGUGGUCUAGUAUUUCUUGACCUUGAUCCUCGCGCCUUUUGUUCGUCCCCUCUCGUCAUCAAGCUCGCUAUUCAAGACAUUCAGCCCUUCUCCGUCCUAGUUUCCUGGCAGAGUCGCAAUCACUCCGGCCUACAUGGGUACCAAGUUGCCUAUCACACUAUCGGCAAUGUCAACGAGAUCCGAGGGAAGCUUCUAGACCCAAAAGCAAGGUCCGUUCAACUGUCUAAGCUGCUUCCGAACACCCAAUACCUGAUCUGUGUCCUUGGGCUCGGAAAUUGGAUGACUCCUCUACCGGAAGACCUUGGAACUAACCAGAACUCGACGGAUGACUUGAUAAAUACGGGAUCUAACCUAGCUCAGAUGAUGGUUAACUCCCCGAUGAGCAGGUGCACUGAAGUUACAACUCUAGAUGCUCCAGACUCUAUAAUUGGGGACACUCCGUCGGAAAGAACUGGCAUAGCCACCAUUUUGACCAGGAGGUUGGGAUUGAUAGUCGGAAGCUGCAUGGGGUUCGUGGUAUUCAUUGUCCUGGUGUCGAUCCUCGGGUAUAUGAAGAUGAAGAAACAGAGGGCGGCUAUGAAGCGCGAACAGCCUCUGGCGCCCAAUCCUCCGGAAUACAUGUCAUAUCGUCACUUUUCGCUCCAGAGUGGGGAUAGGCUAGACAAUAACAAUCCUUGUCCGAGUUUCAUCUCCAGUAUUGGUAAUACCACGCUCAAUACGUAGCAUAAAGUUAAUACUGAUAGCAAUUAUUCAGCGGUUGU